AUAAAAAUGUUUUCUUUAACGAAAAUAAGUUUUCUCAUACUUUGUUUGGGUCUCGCAAAUGUUAAUGUAUCAGCUAAAGUGAAUCUUUUUGCUGAGCAGAAUUUAAUGGAAAUAAUGAUGCAGUCUCGUUCUUAUUUGGAAAGAAGUCCUGAAACAACAACAAAAUGUUUCCAAUACUAUAUUCCAGCAUUGCAAGAAGUAAAUGAACAAUAUGAAGCCAGUUUUAGAUUAUGUGAAUCAACUGCAGAAACUGAGAAAGCGGACCUGGAAGAUUCAGUGACAGGCAAGCGAGAAGAAAUCAAGUCAUCCACAGAUGAAUCUUGUGCCGAAUUUAAUGAUUGUGAAGUCAUUGCUGACGCAAUUGGAUAUUUUGAAUGUUACCAAAAUAAGGCUACCCAAGGAUCUAAGGAUAUGAAUUCUAUAUCAAGAAAUGUCGCUACUGCUGUUAAUGACUUGAAAGAACAAACUCGCUUAAUCGAUAAUCGAAAAGAUCGAUGCACAUAUGAAUCAGAACGUGUGUAUACUGACAAUUACGAUCGCACUUCUGCUGAACUUCAAAGUUGUUUGGAUGGAAAAACCGAAGUACCAACUCCAACUGAACCACCAACUGAACCACCAACUGAACCACCAACCGAACCACCAACUGAACCACCAACUGAACCACCAACCGAACCACCAACUGAACCACCAACUGAACCACCAACUGAACCACCAACUGAACCACCAACCGAACCACCAACCGAACCACCAACCGAACCACCAACUGAACCACCAACUGAGCCCCCAACUGAACCACCAACUGAACCACCAACCGAGCCACCAACUGAACCACCAACCGAACCACCAACUGAACCACCAACCGAACCACCAACUGAACCACCAACCGAGCCACCAACUGAACCACCAACUGAGCCCCCAACUGAACCACCAACCGAACCACCAACCGAACCACCAACCGAACCACCAACUGAACCACCAACCGAGCCACCAACUGAACCACCAACUGAUACUUUAAAUGGAGUUAAUAAUUUUAAACAUUUUAAUAGAUUUAAUAGAAGACAAAUGAACAGAAAGCAUCAACAAAUAUAUAUGUAA